ACUGUCCGGUCUAUUAUUUAUAAAUCAGUGACUCUCUCAGUUUUGGGGGGGAUUCAGUAAUAAAUAAUCUCAUUAACAUAUAACAUUCAUGUUAUAUUUAUACAUCAUUAUGUGAAGAAUGCUCCUAACUAUAUCUACUUUUCUUUUUUAAUGUUUUUUUAUUACAUAGGCUUGAGUUACCCAAGAUGCCUCCAAAAGGGAAAGGGAAAGGGAAAGCAGACCCAAAGGCGAAAGGACCCGUAGCUGGCAUAGACCCGAAGAACAUGAAGCCGCCACCACCUAAAAAGAUCCCACCUCCUCCAGCCUGUUUUAAAACUGACGAAAUCGCGUUAUUCAAAGAGGUGUUCAAAUUGUUUGAUGAGGAAAAUAUCGAUAAGGUACCUCUAAAACACAUACCUAUAAUGAUAAGAAAGCUCGGUUUCAACCCAAAGGGAGCUGAAGUUGAAGAAAUGUUUAAGAGAUUUCUUGAAGACGACCUUGUCGACUCGGUGGAAUUUCAUGAGUUUCUGCAAAUGCUUGAAGCUAAGCUGGGGUGGGGAGACGAUGUCGAGGCUGAGGUUACAAAGGCUAUGGGUUUCUUAGCACAUGAUAAAGGAGGAGAAGAUGAUCCUACAGUUCCGGCGGCGCUGUACACGACAAAAUGGCCGUUGUUAGACAUCGUUGACAUCGACUAGCUCAACU